CUCUUGAUGUGAUCAACUGCGGCAACACGUGGACAUGAUCGUGAACAAGAAACCCCUUCAAAGCAGGUCAAACACCAAGGAUGUACCACAUCCACGGGCGAGAAAAGCAUCGCGCCAGGCUUCUCUUCCUGCCCUUUGCACUCCCCCGCGAAAACCAAUGACCAAGUCGAGAACUACCAAGUCCUCCAGUCUGCCAUCCCCACCGCUCGUCACGAGCACUCUUGCUUCAUCACAUCAACUACCACAGGAUAUCCAUGCUUUGGCAACGAGGUUGCUUGGACUUCCAAGAGAAGGCGACCACAAUUGCGGCUCCGUGCGUAUCAAGUUCAACCACUACAACCGGUUGUUUCCGAUCCAUAACGGCGUGCUGCAGUGGCUGGACGUGGACACAGAAUAUUGCUUCUCCUUUGUCUUUCGAGGAGCGUAUACUAGGGACGUGUAUAGCAUCUCCAGAACAUCCUUGGUUGAUGGGUCAGUCAAAGCCCCGAUGGAGCGAGACAUCAAUGGCGACUUGUUCGUCAGAACAUCCUUGGUUGAUGGGUCAGUCAAAGCCCCGAUGGAGCGAGACAUCAAUGGCGACUUGUUCGUCGGACUUGUCGUCGGCGAUCAGUAUGAAGUCACCGUGCAGGAAGAUCCCAUUGCUGGUGUUGGCGCCAAGGGACUGCGUGUGAACUCCAACCCUCUCUUUGCGUCGUCCACAGCCGCAGCCGUCAUGUCCGGCAAUCACGCCACAAGACUGCUGACCCAACAACUCCGCAACAUGCAUCCUGAAAUGCUUGGGAGCGACGAAGCUAAAGAGAUCAUCGCAAGGAGAGACAUCGAAGACGUUCUGUUUACAUAAGGUGAUAUCCCCGUUUAAUUUAG